AAGGCAGCGGUCCUCUGAGGCCAGUGUUCACCAAACAGCCGGGAAGUAUUGUAUUCCCUCUCCAUCUUAAUGAGCCCAGCCGGGAGGUCACCUUCAGCUGUGAAGCCCAGGGACAUCCGUCCCCGUCCUACAGGUGGAAAAUGAACGACAGCUUCAUUUCCCCUCAACCUGGCUCUCGAUACAGCAUCUCAGGAGGAAACCUUCGAAUCAGCCAGCUCAAUAAGGAAGAGGAUGCUGGUAUUUACCAAUGUCUGGCCUCCAACUCUUUCGGGACCAUUCUCAGCAGAGAAGCUAGUCUUCACAUUGCUUAUCUGGAUGAGUUUAAAACCCAGAGGAGAAGUCCAGUGAGUGUCAGAGAAGGGCAAGGUGUGGUUCUUCUCUGUGGGCCGCCAGCACAUAUGGGAGAGUUGACCUUUUCUUGGAUCUUCAACGAAUAUCCCUCAUUUGUGAAGCAGGACACGCGGCGCUUUGUGUCACAGAAAACAGGCAACCUCUACAUCGCUAAAGUGGAGCCGUCAGAUGUGGGAAACUACACUUGUGUCGUGACUAACACUGUGACCCAGAGCAGAGUGCAGGGACCUCCCACGCCACUUAUACUCCGCAGUGAUGGCAUUAUGGGAGAAUAUGAGCCAAAAAUUGAGGUCCAAUUUCCUGAAGUCUUGGCUGUUGCCAAGGGGUUGACUGUAAAACUGGAGUGCUUCGCCUUGGGAAAUCCAGUGCCUGCUAUCAGCUGGAAAAGACCAGACGGAGUUCCUUUUCCCAGAAAAGUGGACAUUAGCAAAUCCAGUGGAGUGCUGGAGAUCCCUUAUUUCCAACAGGAAGACGCAGGGCCAUAUGAAUGCAUGGCUGAGAACUCCAGAGGCAAAAACACAGUCAAGGGGCGGCUCUCCUUCUAUGCACCCCCUCAUCUGUUGGAGAAGCCUCAGGAUGUGCAGAAAGCCAUUGAUGAAUCUCUGCUGUGGGAGUGUAAGGCGAGCGCCAAGCCCAAACCCGCCUACAGGUGGCUGAAGAACGGAGAGGGGAUCGAGUCAUUUGAGGACAGGGUCCAGGUGGUAAACGGGGCAUUAUCCAUCAGCAGUCUGACCCUGUCAGAUACUGGGAUGUACCAGUGUAUCGCUGAGAACCGUCAUGGCCGGGUGUUUGCCAACGCUGAACUCAGAGCCAUUGCAGUGGCACCAGAUUUCUCCAACAGUGUGCUAAAGGCACAGACAUUGGCUCGGCAGGGUGGAGAUGUUUUGAUUGAGUGCAAGCCUCGCAUGUCUCCACGCGGGAUGAUCUCCUGGAGGAAGGGCAAAGAAGCCUUGCGAGAAAGCCACAGAGUCUCCGUGCUGGAUAAUGGCAGUCUCCGGAUAUCCAACAUCACCAAACUAGACGCAGGUCUUUACACUUGUGUGGCGAGAAACCAGUUUGGAGUGGCAAGCAGUGCAGGCACACUAGUGGUGAAAGAGCCAACCAUCAUCACUUCUAAAGCCACCCAGCUGGACGUUACAGUCGGAGAGAGUGUUGUUAUUCCGUGCCAGGUGUCCCGUGACCCCUCCCUGGACGUGAGAUUCACCUGGUUUUUCAACGAGCAGUUGAUCAGUUUCGGAAGCCAUGGGGGAUAUUUCGAAAAAGUUGGUGGGACAUCUGCCGGUGACAUUAUGAUCCGUAACAUUCAGCUAAGGCAUGCAGGAAGGUACACAUGUGCUGUACAGACUAAAGUGGACAGUGCGUCUAUAGCAACAGAUGUUGUGGUACGAGGUCCCCCUGACCCACCGCUGGACAUCAAAGUUGAUGAAGUGACAGAGACAACAUCCUUUGUGUCCUGGAGUCCAGGCCCUGAUAACCGCAGUCCUGUCUUUGCUUACAACAUUCAGAUCCGAAGCCCCUUCUCUCUCGGAUGGCAGGCGGCCAAAACAGUGCCAGAGUCUCUGGGAGGGCAACAGCUGACAGCUCGUGUGGUUGAAUUGAGUCCAUGGGUUGAAUAUGAGUUCAGAGUGCUGGCCACUAAUGCCAUAGGCACCGGGGAACCCAGCAAACCCUCACAAAAAAUCAGGACCAAGGACACAUUGCCAAGGACGACCCCAGCCAGAGUCAGCGGAGGAGGUGGCAGUCGCUCUGAGCUUGUCAUCACUUGGGAGCCAGUCCCAGAAGAGCUGCAGUGCGGUCCAGGCUUCGGCUACGUGGUUGCUUUCCGCCCUCUCGGUGGUCAAAGCUGGAUGCAGGCAGCCGUGACGUCUCCUGAUGCAUCUCGAUACAUCUUCAAAAAUGAGAGCAUCCCUCCAUUCUCUCCAUUUCAUGUGAAAGUGGGAGUUUACAACAACAAAGGAGAAGGUCCUUUUGGACCCGUGACCACUAUCUACUCAGCAGAAGAGGAGCCGAGUCGCGCCCCCAGUCGCAUCCGUGCCAAGAGCCUGUCAGCCUCAGAAGUGGAGGUCAGCUGGAAGCCUUUAUCCUGGAGCACCAGUAGGACACGCAUCAUGGGCUAUGAGCUGAGGUACUGGAGCACAAAGGAUAGAGUGGACACGGCUAGUGUGAUGAGGACUGUGGGAAACAGGACGUCUGCGGUCAUUCGUGGACUGGACCCCAGCAGUACAUACCACAUCAAACUCAAAGCCUAUAACAGUGCUGGUGUGGGACCUGAUAGUGCCGUGGUGAAUGUCACCACUAAGAGACCCCCGCCGAGCCAGUCUCCAGUGAAAGUCAUGUGGAAUACUACAGACUCCAAACUCAUCCUCAAGUGGGAUCAUGUGAAGGCUCUGGAGAAUGAGUCUGAAGUUAUGGGCUAUAAGGUCAUGUACAAGCAAAGCACACAUAGUCGGCCCAGCGUGGUGGAGACUAACAGCACAUCUCUCGAGCUCUCUCUGCCUGUGGAUGAGGAUUACAUCAUCCAGAUUAAACCAGUCAGUGAAGGUGGCGAGGGAAGCAGCAGCAAACAGAUUACCAUCCCCAGGAUAGCAGUUGCACAUGCGAUUGGAUUUGCCCCGGAGCGGAAAGCACUCCCCCUGCUCGUAACACUAUUACUCUACUGUACGGUCAGGACUUUCUUAUGACAGAUGAACUGAACUCUACAGCGGGGAGAACAGUACAGAGUGGAUCUUUUUCCAGUAUGUUUUACAAACGAGACUCUCUUCGGAUGGAAAGUUUUCCUCUCGCUUUUUCAAAAGAGGA